GAAACAUCCUCCGAUUGUUAUUGUUGUAGCGAGUCACCCUGUCUACUUUCGAUUUUCCAAAGUAGUCUUUUUAAAAAUCUUAAAAUUUCAAAAUUCUGACUCCUACACUUCGAUACUUAUCGGUUGAAACGCUCGGUUACCACCCAUCUCUAGUGUCAACAAAAACAUCAGGAAUUGGAGAUUAAAUCUAAACUUAUACUUCGUGACGGACACGAUGACUAACGUCGAUGUGUCAGAGUUCCUAAGCUUGAACGAUCCGUUGCAUUCGACCGGUGACGAUGUCUUGGAGCACAACAUUAGGGAGUUGCAGGGAAAGCUCAACGAGAUCCUGGCGAACCAAGACGAGAUCCUUUCCUUGCUUAGCCAGGUUUCAAAAAUGAAGCACCGCAAUGAGCCACCUGAGUUCGAGUCGGACUACUUUCCGUUGACGGAUGCCACAGAGCUGGAAAACCUAGACACUGAGUUGUCCCACAAGGAUAACAUAUACGCUUCAAUGAUGAAUCGUAUAUUAAGGCCCAACGGCCAAGUGGAGCCUCUGAAGAAGAACUGGUCAAAGUUAUUCGACUACGAAAUCCUGAUAGCUUUUAACUACGACGGGGUAUGCAAUAAAGAGUCUUUUAAAAAGUUUAAAAACAUAAACAAGACAAUUUUCGAAAUCCAAAGAUCCAGUGGAUACACCCAGACUGACUAUAUUAAGGAAAUAAAGGCUGCGUUUCAUACCAUGAAGACCCGAUACCACAAGAGGAACUACGACUUGAAGAGAAAAUUAGAACGUGCCUUAAGUGACAGCGAAUAGUAUGUCAAAGAUAUUCAAAAUUAUAUGAUUUAUAUUUAGCCAGUGAAAUAUUCUUAACUUUAAUGUUUAUCUUAGCGGUGAGAAUAAAAUGAAAAACAGGUUUUUUCUCUCACCUGUAA